CCCCUCCAGCCGCCGGGUGCAGGGGCUGAGCCGCCGGCAGGCGCGGAGCUGCGGCUGCUUCCCGCCCGCCUGCUCUGUGGGGGCAGCGCCUUUGCCCUCGUGGGGUGGCCGCUACCCCUUGCAGCGGGCUGCCGCGCCGCAUCCGGGGCGCGGCGUGACCUUGAGGGCGGCCGCUGCGGGGGGUCUCCCCCUGCCUGGACUCCUGCGCGGGGCGGGCGUUGCUCCAACUCAGACCUUCCUAGGGAGGAGAUGGGAUUGUACACGUCAUAGAUUAACUUGAAGAAAAGGAACUAACGAUGGGAAGACAUUCAAGAUUCCUCUCUGGAAAAGGUUGCUGAUGUCUCACUCUUCUGUUUGGGUGAUGUGUAUCUGCUCAUCUGACUGUCUUCAUAUCUAAAGGAUUUAUUUUACUUUUGGAAGUACAUCAAGUCAAAAUUUUUGUUCCUUUUUGGAAAUUGUUUCCUCAUUCUAAGGACUGUAUACAUCAUGGGUGACAUGGCUAACAACUCAGUUGCAUACAGUGGUGUAAAAAACUCUGUAAAAGAAUCUAAUCAUGGAGAUUUUGGAAUCUCGCUUGAAGAGCUCCGUGCCCUUAUGGAACUGCGAUCUACAGAUGCAGUGCAUAAAAUACAAGAAUGUUAUGGAGAUGUCUAUGCUAUCUGUACAAGAUUGAAAACUUCACCAAAUGAAGGUCUAAGUGGAAAUCCAGCAGAUAUAGAGAGAAGAGAAGCAGUGUUUGGGAAGAACUUUAUACCUCCUAAAAAGCCAAAAACAUUUCUUCAGUUAGUAUGGGAAGCACUACAGGAUGUUACCCUAAUUAUAUUAGAAAUUGCAGCCAUAAUAUCAUUGGGCCUUUCUUUUUAUCAGCCUCCAGGAGGGAACGAAGCAACAUGUGGAGCAGUGACUGUUGGUGAAGAGGAGGAGGAAGGUGAAACAGGUUGGAUUGAAGGAGCUGCAAUCCUUUUAUCUGUAGUUUGUGUGGUAUUGGUAACCGCUUUCAAUGACUGGAGUAAAGAGAAACAAUUUAGGGGGCUGCAGAGCCGCAUUGAACAAGAACAGAAGUUCACUGUCAUCAGAGGUGGACAAGUCAUCCAGAUACCAGUAGCCGACAUAAUUGUUGGGGAUAUUGCACAAGUAAAAUAUGGUGAUCUUCUGCCAGCUGAUGGUGUACUUAUUCAAGGAAAUGACCUUAAAAUUGAUGAAAGCUCAUUGACUGGAGAAUCAGAUCAGGUUAAAAAGACUUUGGAUAAAGAUCCUAUGCUGCUGUCAGGUACCCAUGUGAUGGAAGGCUCUGGAAGAAUGGUAGUUACUGCUGUAGGUGUGAACUCGCAAACUGGAAUUAUAUUUACCUUACUUGGGGCUGGAGGAGAUGAUGAAGAGAGAGAGAAGGAGAAGAAGGAUAAGAAAAGUAAAAAACAAGAUGGAGCUGUUGAGAACCGCAACAAAGCCAAAGCUCAAGAUGGUGCAGCCAUGGAAAUGCAACCCUUGAAGAGUGAAGAUGGUGGAGAUGGCGAUGAGAAAGACAAGAAGAGAGCAAACAUGCCAAAGAAAGAAAAAUCAGUUCUACAAGGCAAACUUACAAAGCUAGCAGUUCAGAUUGGCAAAGCAGGUUUGUUGAUGUCUGCAAUCACAGUCAUUAUCCUUAUCUUAUAUUUUGUAAUUGAUACCUUCUGGGUUCAGAAGCGACCUUGGCUUGCUGAAUGCACACCAAUUUAUAUUCAAUACUUUGUGAAGUUCUUCAUUAUUGGAGUUACAGUCCUGGUGGUGGCAGUACCAGAAGGUCUUCCACUUGCAGUCACUAUUUCACUCGCUUACUCUGUAAAGGUAUGUGUAAAAAUCAUGCUUAAAGGUAGGUGGGCACAUAAAACAGUUCUAAAUCAUGCAAAGCUGGAAAUUCUACUCUGUUAAACUGU